CCACAGGCUCACCAGCUAUCAGAAAGCUUGCUGGAUCGAGACAGCACUAGCGAAUUCCCGCCAAAUCUGAGCCACGCUAUGAUGACGUGAAAGACCAACGUCUCGCCCUUGCACCACCAUAGUUACCUCGACUAUUUCCCUGUUCCGACAUCUACGCCUUUGUAAUACCGUUCAAUACGGCGCCAAAGAUCCUUCCCUUUGGUCCCAAGAAUAGUCAACGACGCAAAGUCAUCUCGGCAUAUCGAGCGAAAGGAAAAACUCUCGUUCACCACAAAACCCAUCGAUUGGCAGUCAUCGCUCCUGCCACGCCUACUUGAACCCUCCAAUCGCGGAUCUCCGAGUUCGAGGAUCUUUGUUUAUUCGCUCUCUUCUACUCAGCCAACCCCUCACUCGCUUUACCCACAACCAUCAUCCAUCAUGUCUUCUUCUGAUGGUUCUCUCGGCAGUACGGGCAGCUCAUACUCGCUCUCCAACAUGCCUUACACCUGGAUUCUCACGCCGCUCAUCGUCUUCCUCGCCCUCGGCAUCAUCGCCACUCUCGUUCAGUUUCAACGCCGCCGCCGUCUCCGCAAGCUCGGCCUGCAGCGUCCCUGGCCCCGCCGCGACUUGGAAGCGAAUCGUCAGAGAGGUCAACGGUCGUCGAGAAACGGCCGUUGGGCCUGGACCACCCGCAGCGAUGAGGGCCUGGACGAGUUUGGUGAAGCACCUCCCGCCUACGAACCCAAGGCGAAACCGGGACAGGCUUACGCUCGCGAGGGUAGCUUCGAGAUGGCACACCACGUCGAGCACACCGCGAGAGGUGCGAUGCCUCCACCCCCGCCCAUCGGUGGCACAGCAGGAGUCGGCCGUGGCUCUCUGCCUCCGGACUACGGCACAGCUACCGGCUCCACAUCCUCUUCAACUCCGCCGCCUGCCGUUACCAGCCCGCCUACGGCUAUGACUAGGCACUAAUACGAUCACGCACCCACCACCACUUGGAGUUAUCAACACCGAUCAGCUCUCACUUGUCCAACUUCUUUUUUUUUCAUCGGCGUUACAACGAGGCACCAAAAGGGGCGUUUCAGGGAA